UACACUUCUGCAGCUGAGAGUAUACAAUAUUCAUAUAAUAUUCUUGCUAAAGAUUGAAUUUUUAAUUGUUACCUCAUUUCAUUCUACUCUUAACUUUUAGCAUUCUUUAAGUUCAGAUUCAUACACACACUCAUUUAUCACAAUUAUCUUACUUUACAACAUAAAAGCCAGUUCUCAUCUGGGUUGUGUCUGAGUGGACUGUUCAUUUCUUGCAAAUUUGAGGUUGGUAAUGCCUUUUUUAGUUGUUCAUUGUUAAAAAGAUUGAUUUUGAUUAGUGGGUGUUGAUUUUUUUUUGGUAUUGAUUGUUCAGUGUUAUUGAUUGCAAGUAAUAUGCUAUUUUUGGCCUCAUAACAAUUUGUAUGUAUACUUGUUAUGUGUAAGACUCAUCUGCUUCUGAAGCACUAAGAUUUGCUUGUGUUGGAUCCUGGAGUGGUGAAGUAUUGUUAUUUUGAAGUUGUGCUUUUGGUUUUCAGAUUUAGGGUACAAAUAGAUUGCAUCUUAGGUCGUGAACUUGUGAGUUGUGAUAUUAUAGGCAUGGGGUUGUGAGAGAUGGGUUGGAGGGACUAGUGUGGAUAUUUGAAUAGAAUUCUGUAUUGUAACUUUGUAAGUUAGGUUUGUGAAGAUGAAGAGGUCGAAAAGUGAGCAACUUCUUGGGAGGAGGUUUAAAUUGACUCAUCUUCUGUUUGGUAUAGCUGCAUUGUACUUGAUUUUUAUUUGCUACAAGUUUCCGGAAUUUUUCAAGACUGGUGGGGUGUUGAGUGGUGAUGAUGGCUAUGAUAAAUUGGGUAGCUCAGGGUUUAUGGAUGUGAAUGGCGAUAUUAUAAGUAAGCCAAAAUUAAGGUCUGUUUCUGAGGAAACAAUCCAUCGUAGACUAGACGAUGAAAAUGAAGUUGUGCCAUUUAUUAUGCCUGGCAAAGCAUUAAUAGACAAGAAUAAGGGAUUGCCACCGAUGAAGCCGUUUAAGAAUCAUUAUGGUCGAAUAGCUAGUGAGAUCUUGAGGCAAAUGAAUAAAACAAAUGAUUUGUCAGUAUUAGAGAGGAUGGCAGACGAGGCGUGGACUCUAGGUCUAAAGGCAUGGGAAGAAGUAAAACAUUAUGACGGAAAAGAGGCUGACCAGAAUUCAAUACUCGAGGUGAAGCAAGAGUCAUGUCCCUCGUGGGUAUCAAGUAGCGGUAAAGAGUUAGCUAAGGGCGACCAGAUUAUGUUCCUUCCUUGUGGGCUAGCUGCAGGCUCUUCCAUUACAGUUGUGGGGACGCCUAAAUAUGCCCAUCACGAGUAUUUGCCCACACAAGCCAAGGUGAGGAAUGGCAAUUCCCUAAUCCUGGUUUCACAAUUUAUGGUUGAAUUGCAAGGCUUAAAGUCUGUGGUUGGUGAGGAUCCACCAAAGAUUCUGCAUUUGAACCCUCGCUUGAGAGGGGAUUGGAGCCAUCUACCAGUGAUUGAGCAUAAUACAUGUUAUAGAAUGCAAUGGGGAGCAGGUCAACGCUGUGAUGGUUUACCAUCUAAGGGUGAUGAUGACAUGCUUGUUGAUGGAUAUCUGAGAUGUGAGAAGUGGAGCAGGAAUGAUAACAGAGAUAAAGAGUCCAGAACAACUUCUUGGUUCCAGAGAUUCAUAGGGCGCGCCAAGAAACCAGAAGUAACCUGGCCUUUCCCCUUUGCGGAGGGAAAAAUGUUUGUUUUGACUUUGCGUGCUGGUCUUGAUGGAUUUCAUAUCAUCUCUGGGGGUCGACAUAUUACUUCUUUUCCUUAUCGGACGGGAUUUACGCUUGAAGAUGCAACAGGAUUGGCAAUUAAAGGUGAUGUGGAUGUUCAUUCGGUUUUUGCCACCUCUCUCCCAACCUCACAUCCAAGUUUUUCACCUCAAAGAGUUCUAGAAAUGUCUCCAAAGUGGAAGUCUCAACCUUUACCGAAUGGUCCUAUUCCCCUUUUUAUUGGGGUUCUCUCUGCUACUAAUCACUUUGCAGAGCGCAUGGCCGUUAGAAAAAGCUGGAUGCAAGCUUCAGCUAUCAAAUCCUCAAUUGUAGCAGUUCGCUUCUUCGUUGCAUUGAACCCAAGGAAAGAGGUGAAUGCAGUUCUGAAACAGGAAGCUGCUUACUUUGGUGAUAUUGUGAUCCUACCAUUUUUGGAUCGCUAUGAGCUAGUGGUUCUUAAAACUAUUGCUAUAUGUGAAUAUGGGGUUCAGAAUGCCACAGCUGCUCACAUCAUGAAGGGGGAUGACGAUACUUUUAUAAGGGUGGAUACUGUUCUGAAAGAACUUGAUAAAGUCUCUGUAAAAAAAUCACUUUAUAUGGGUAAUCUUAAUCUCUUGCAUCGACCCCUUCGGAGUGGAAAAUGGGCUGUUAGUUAUGAGGAAUAUCCGGAAGAAGUUUAUCCUCCGUAUGCUAAUGGGCCUGGAUAUAUAAUCUCGGAGGACAUUGCCAAAUAUAUUGUUUCUCAACAUGUCAAUCAAAAACUUAAGCUAUUUAAGAUGGAGGAUGUGAGCAUGGGAAUGUGGGUCGAACAGUUUAACAGCUCGAGACCGGUAGAAUACUCCCAUAGUUGGAAGUUUUGUCAGUAUGGGUGCGUUGAAAAUUAUUUUACAGCUCAUUAUCAAUCACCGAGACAAAUGAUCUGUUUAUGGGACAAAUUGGCAAGAGGUCAGGCUGGUUGCUGCAAUUUUUAGGAAAAAAUGCGAUUAUACAAAUUACAGAGCUUGCGAAUGUUCUUAGCCAAUUCAUCAGACACGAGGUUCUUCACAUAUCAUCACCAUUCUUACUUCUUAGUGGAGUCUGCCUUCGUUGUGAGUUUCGGGUCAUGCUCUUAAAUUUUAGAGCGGAUCAUGAUCUCCUCCGGUGAGGGUUCGGCUGGAUAUUUAAAAGAGGGAGAGGGGUGGUUGAAGCGUCUCAAAUGUCUGGUCAAAGUGUAAAAGGAACUGUACAUAUUACUUGUUCAAUCAUGUAGUAUAUUUGUAAACUCCUUGCUGUCCUAUAAUGUUUGAGUUUGACAGUGAUUCAUCCACAUAGUACUUGGGAACUAAGGUACUUCACAUUUUCAAAUUUUUUUCCUUGA